AUGGCCUCGUCGACGAGGCGCUCAACUAGACUGUCGGCCGCCUCGAGGGCGACGACGAACUCCCCCUUCACUCCAGUUAGCAACGACGGCAUCUUCUCACCAUCUGUACAAGAAACCCCGCCGACGAGCGACGAGGGGGAGGACGGGGAGGACGAAGAUGAGCUAGCUCCCCUGAAGGGGAAACAAGCAGCCAAGUCGACGCCAGCGAAAGCACCCUCGAAGCGGACGGCGAGGACCAGCACUAGUCGAAGCGCCAAGCGCGCCGCCCCAGACAGCUCAGAGAGCGAGGAGGACGAGCUGCCGACGGUCUCAAGCAAGAGCUCAAGGAGGACGAAGCCAGCUACGAAGCGCCGGGCUACAGAGAGCAACGUCUAUGUAGAGAUCGUACUGCCGAAGAAGCGUACGGCGGCGACGGCGAACACGGCUGACAAAGCCAGAGGUCAAGGCGCAAGGAAGGACAAGGCGCCUACGAGGGGACGUGCGUUCGCGCGCGCAAGUAGGCGCAUCAGCGACGGGGAAGAUGAAGAUGACGACGAGUCUCCCCCCUCUGAAUCCGACUCUGGCAGCUCGGUGUCUGAGUUCGUCGCCUCGGACGACGACGAUAGCGCAGCCUCCGAUGAAGAAGACCGCAGCCAGUACGGCUCGGAUACCCCUGCACCCCCUCGCCGCGCUACCAAGAAGCAGACACCCUCGCGCGGGCGACAGGCCCAAGUCUACGACUCCGACGACAUUGAUGAUGCCGAGGAGAGCGAAGCUGAAGAGGCUAUGGUGCAGGAGGCCGUACGGCGUUCUCGUGCUGACGUCGGAGGCUCGAGCGCUGGUCCUUCCACCUCUCGGCGUACAACUGACGGGCUGGCUUCUCGCGCU